UUACAAAUUAUGCUGCAAAAGUUUUAAUAAAAUGUUUAAAAUACAAAGAAGGACUUUAUACAUAUCCUGACAUAGCUGCGUUAGCAUUUGGAAAUAUAGGAAAAUAUAUUAUAUUAGCUUUUUUCUUAUUAGAAAUAAUUGGGGCAUCAAUUGCUUUUGUGAUCCUCAUUGGUGAUUCUUUACAAGUGUUAUUUCCUGAUAUAUCUAUUAUAUUGCUAAAAAUUAUUUCUUGGAUAAUAUUAGUGCCAUUAACAAUAAUUGAUAUUAAAUAUCUCUCAUAUUGUUCACUACUUGGAGUAUUAGCAGCAGUAUUUUUAGCAAUUAUAGUAGCAAUUAAUGGAUUUACGCAGAAUGAACAACCUGGAAGUCUAUUAAAUCCUAUGCAAACUGAAUUAUGGCCCUCCAAUUGGAAUUCUUUACCUUUAAGCUUUGGAUUAUUAGUAGCUGGAUAUUCAGGACAUGCCAUAUUUCCUUCAAUAUAUCUAAAGAUGGAAACACCUGAAAAAUUUUCAAGUUUAGUAGAUAUUUCGUACGCUAUUAGUAUUGUUGUUUAUCUUAUAACAGGUGUAUGUGGUUACUUAAUGUUUGGAAAUCAGGCAAGACCAGAGAUAACACAAAAUAUCAUGUCAACAUCUAAUCAUUUGAAAAUCCUAAAUUCGUUUAUAGUUUGGCUUGUGGCAAUUAGUCCACUUGCAAAAUUUGCACUUUCAUUACAUCCAGUAAAUUUAUACCUUGAAAUACGAUAUCGUUCAAGUCCAUGCGCCUCAAAUGACGCUUUUUUUUUAUUCAUGCGUUUUUUGUCACGUACAUUAGUAGCAACUUUGAUUGUAUUCGUUGCAAUUGUGUAUCCAAAUUUUGAUAAGAUGAUUGAAUUGAUUGGUAGUCUUUUAUUUUAUACUAUUUCUGCAAUGUUUCCAU